ACUAGCUGGUUUUGACCUUGAACUUUGUUUGGAAUAAUGUCUAUGAUUGGUUACGAUGUUCCAUGUUUAUUCUAACAGUGCAUUUUAUUGGUGCAUUUUAUCAACUCCCUCAAGUACAGCAAGCGUACUUCACCAUUUUCGACUUUCGACUUUCGAGAUGCUAGUAUCGUUAACAUUUACCGCACGCAAUUUCUUCUGAAAAUGGAUAGAGAUUGUUUUCUAGAAGCCCAAGAGGCAAUGAACAGCAACAACAAAGAAGCUCUGUUGCUUCUGUACAACGAGCUACGCGGGCAGUUGAAUUCAAAGCCAAGAUGUUCAUCUUACUUGCUUCGAUCAGAACUGGGCAAUUCACUGUACCGGCAUAUUGUCGCUGAGACAUAUAUUCCAAGCAGUAUGAAAUCGCAGGGAAAGAUCUACACUGCAAUCAGAUCUCAAGCAUCAGGGAAUUGUCUUUACAGCUCAGUAUCUUUGCUGCUUGUAGGAGACAACAGCUUAGCACUAUGCCAUAUGGAACAUCAAAUACUGGACGCUGAUUCGCCGAGUGACUUUGGCUGUGUUCUCCAGUAAAUAGCAAGAAACUUAUCACGUGCUUUCGUACAAGUAUACACGUCGUAGGUGGUCAAAGUACAGUACACCAACAGCUAAUGGUGCAGUUUCCCCAUUCUUGUAAUUUUACCAUGCAUAUGAAGUAUGUAACGUUUUAAAUUUUGCUGCGUAUAAUAAUAAUGGCAGUAUUAAGGAAAAUUGAUAUCCAGUUUGUUUUAGUCUUAAGAAAUGGUUGAAUGUUGGUGUUAUUAGGGUAAGCCUGCCACUAGGGUGUCCCUAGGGCGCAUGUGGGAACGCUACUUAUAAAACAUAUUUACGUAAGGUGACUCGCUUUCUAGGAUAACCUUUUGCUGGGGUUACUGUACCUCCAUGUAAAUAGUCUCUAAGUAAAUUGCUUUUAUAUAUUUCAUGGGAAAUAGUCAAAACAAACUCAAUGCAUGAUUUAAUAAUGAUGUAAGCAAAGCCAUGUAAUAUAUUUGAAAAAUACCAUUUAUAUAAAUAACAUGUAAAUAUAUAAUUCUUAAUCGGUGAGCAAAGUUUGUGAUAGACGUGUGCUGUAUAUAGUAUUUUAUGAUACAAAUUGCAAUAUACAGUAUAUAUAUCAUUAGAGUGAA